AUGUCGAGCCUAGGCCGAGCGCUCGUGGGAGGUAGCAACAACAAUACAUCUACCAAGCAGGCAACCUUGCCAGGGAGCGUGCUCUCCCCCUCCCAGUAUGUGCAAAGUGGCAUCGUCAAUGUCUUUGUGGGCAGGAAGCGCAAAGAGUUCGCAAUCUAUAGAGAUCUUCUCAGCGUCAAAUCACCUUUUUUCGCUGCAAAACUCAAGAAAGAUUGGAACAACGAUAAGAACGAGAUUUACCUCGAAAAUGAGGAUCCAGAUGCAUUUAGUGCAUUGGUCGAUUGGAUGUUCAGCGGCAAACUACCUGACUUCUACAGCGAGCGGACGACUACGAGUAUAGCAUCAGUGACAGCUUUCUACAAGCUAGCCGACUUCCUACUGAUGCCAACAGCCAAGAACGACCUCAUUGACCAUGUGGUCAACCACCACAGGGCUAUGAACAGGCAUUACACUUUCCACCAUCUGUCGUAUGUUUGGGGUGUACAUGCCGUUGAUAAGCCUUUCUUGAAGAUGGUGCUGCAUUCAAUCAUCAAGAAUCUUGUGGUGAGGACGGACGACGUGUACCAGCUGGAAUAUUUGCGAGAAUAUCCAGAUCUGAUGCUUCUAGUCAUUAGGUAUCACAUCGGGUACAACAAACGACCAUGGGCCAGGAUCUGGGAAAACCCUCGUUGCGACUAUCACGACCAUUCUGAUGGGAGCAAGUGCGUUCCAAAGUUGUAA